GAGUCGCCAGGCAGGCGCUGAUUGGUUGAGAUGGGAGCAGCUUUCCUUCCGAUGAUUCGGCUUUUCUGAUCUCAGUCUGGGUGAAGCGUUUGCAGCCGUCGUUUGAUUAGUCGCUGCCGCUGCCCCCCUCGCGGAUCAGGAGCUAGCGUCGCCCGCCCGCCCGCCCGCCCGCCCGCCGCCCCGGUGCUGCUGGGAGGACGCGAGAGGGAGGCUGCCGGAGGGCUCGCCACUGCCGCCGCCCCGCCGCCCGAGUGAGCCGAGCCCGGGCCUAGUCGGUCGCCUGCCACUCUCGUAGCCGUUACCCUCAGGCCGCCACAGCCGCCGACCGGGAGAGGCGCGCGCCAUGGCCUCUGGAGCCGAUUCAAAAGGUGAUGAUUUAUCAACAGCCAUUCUCAAACAGAAGAACCGUCCCAAUCGGUUAAUUGUUGAUGAAGCCAUCAAUGAAGAUAACAGUGUGGUGUCCUUGUCCCAGCCCAAGAUGGAUGAACUGCAGUUGUUCCGAGGUGAUACAGUCUUGCUAAAAGGAAAAAAGAGACGGGAAGCUGUGUGCAUUGUACUUUCUGAUGACACGUGUUCUGAUGAGAAGAUUCGAAUGAAUAGAGUUGUUCGGAAUAACCUCCGUGUUCGCCUAGGGGAUGUCAUCAGCAUCCAGCCAUGCCCUGAUGUAAAGUAUGGCAAACGUAUCCACGUGCUACCCAUCGAUGACACGGUGGAAGGCAUCACUGGCAAUCUCUUUGAGGUAUACCUAAAGCCGUACUUCCUGGAAGCUUAUCGGCCUAUCCGGAAAGGAGAUAUUUUCCUUGUCCGGGGUGGGAUGCGUGCUGUGGAGUUCAAAGUAGUGGAGACAGAUCCCAGCCCUUACUGUAUUGUUGCUCCAGACACAGUGAUCCACUGUGAAGGGGAGCCAAUCAAGCGAGAGGAUGAGGAGGAAUCUUUGAAUGAAGUAGGCUAUGAUGACAUUGGUGGCUGCAGGAAGCAGCUAGCACAGAUAAAGGAGAUGGUGGAACUGCCACUGAGACACCCUGCACUCUUUAAGGCAAUUGGUGUGAAGCCUCCUCGGGGAAUUUUGUUAUAUGGACCUCCUGGGACAGGGAAGACCCUGAUUGCCCGAGCUGUGGCAAAUGAAACUGGAGCCUUCUUCUUCCUCAUCAAUGGUCCUGAGAUUAUGAGCAAAUUGGCUGGUGAGUCUGAGAGCAACCUUCGUAAAGCUUUUGAGGAAGCUGAAAAGAAUGCACCUGCUAUCAUCUUCAUUGAUGAGCUUGAUGCCAUUGCACCCAAAAGAGAGAAAACUCACGGGGAAGUGGAACGUCGAAUCGUGUCUCAGUUGUUGACCCUCAUGGAUGGCCUAAAGCAGAGAGCACAUGUGAUAGUUAUGGCAGCAACCAAUAGACCCAAUAGCAUUGACCCUGCCCUACGGCGAUUUGGUCGCUUUGACAGAGAGGUAGAUAUUGGAAUCCCUGAUGCUACCGGACGCUUGGAAAUUCUUCAGAUCCACACCAAGAACAUGAAACUGGCAGAUGAUGUGGACUUGGAGCAGGUAGCCAAUGAGACUCAUGGCCAUGUGGGUGCUGAUUUGGCAGCCCUGUGUUCAGAGGCUGCUCUACAGGCCAUCCGGAAAAAAAUGGACCUUAUUGACCUAGAGGAUGAGACCAUUGAUGCUGAGGUCAUGAAUUCCCUGGCAGUUACUAUGGAUGACUUCCGGUGGGCCUUGAGUCAGAGCAAUCCAUCAGCACUUCGGGAAACUGUGGUAGAGGUGCCACAAGUAACCUGGGAAGACAUUGGAGGCCUGGAGGAUGUCAAACGUGAGCUUCAGGAGCUGGUUCAGUAUCCUGUGGAGCAUCCAGACAAAUUCCUCAAAUUUGGCAUGACUCCUUCCAAAGGUGUUCUUUUCUAUGGACCUCCUGGCUGUGGGAAAACCUUGCUGGCCAAAGCAAUUGCUAAUGAGUGCCAGGCUAACUUCAUCUCUAUCAAGGGUCCUGAGCUGCUCACCAUGUGGUUUGGGGAAUCUGAGGCCAAUGUCAGGGAAAUUUUUGACAAGGCACGACAAGCUGCCCCCUGUGUACUCUUCUUCGAUGAGUUAGAUUCAAUUGCCAAAGCUCGUGGUGGUAAUAUUGGAGAUGGUGGGGGAGCUGCUGACCGAGUAAUCAAUCAGAUCCUGACGGAAAUGGAUGGCAUGUCUACAAAAAAGAAUGUGUUCAUUAUUGGAGCUACCAACAGGCCUGACAUCAUUGACCCUGCUAUCCUAAGACCUGGUCGUCUUGAUCAGCUCAUCUACAUCCCACUUCCUGAUGAGAAGUCCCGUGUUGCCAUCCUAAAAGCCAACUUGCGCAAGUCCCCAGUUGCCAAGGAUGUUGAUUUGGAGUUCCUGGCAAAGAUGACUAAUGGCUUUUCUGGAGCUGAUCUGACAGAGAUUUGCCAACGCGCUUGUAAACUGGCCAUUCGUGAAUCUAUUGAGAGUGAGAUUAGGCGAGAACGAGAGAGGCAGACAAAUCCAUCAGCUAUGGAAGUAGAAGAGGAUGAUCCAGUGCCUGAGAUCCGCAGAGAUCACUUUGAGGAAGCCAUGCGUUUUGCCCGUCGUUCUGUCAGUGAUAAUGACAUUCGGAAGUAUGAAAUGUUUGCCCAGACACUUCAGCAAAGUAGAGGUUUCGGCAGCUUCAGAUUCCCUUCUGGGAACCAGGGUGGAGCUGGCCCUAGCCAGGGCAGUGGAGGUGGCACAGGUGGCAGUGUGUACACAGAAGACAAUGACGAUGACCUGUAUGGCUAAGUGAUGUGCCAGCAUGCAGCGAGCUGGCCUGGCUGGACCUUGUUCCCUGGGGGUGGGGGCACUUGCCCAAGAGGGACAAGGGUUGCGCCCAUGGCCUGUUCCAUUCCUCAGUCUGAACAGUUCAGCUCCAGUCAAACUCUGGAUGGGGGUUUUCUGUUGAAAAAAAAGAAAAAAGAAAAAUUACAAAAGCGAUAAAAUAAAAGUGAUUUUCAUUUGGGA